GUUGGCAAUGAAAGUCGUGAUAAUUUUAGCAAUCUGUGCGCUAACCACAGACGCUGCCGUACCCAUUCCUGAAGAGGAACGUGUCAGCGGUGAGAAUGGUUGGUACAUUCCUCAAGCUGAUGGCUCAUUAGUUUGGGUCUCAAUCGAGGAGGGCGAACAAAUGCUAGAUGAAUUGGAGAAUAAAGAUGAAAUAGAGGGCCGACUUUCAACAGUGCCGGUGAGUUUCUACUUGUAUACAAAUAGAAACCCGUCAAAAAAACAAAAGAUUACCGAAACUGCGAAGUCUAUUAACAAUUCCGACUUCGACGCUAGCAAUCCAACGAGAUUUGUUAUACACGGUUGGACUCAGAGCUACACCGCCGGCAUGAAUAAGGAUAUUCGUGCUGCCUGGUUGGGACGUGGCAAAUAUAAUGUGAUCAUUGUCGAUUGGGCACGCGCACGUUCCGUUGAUUAUGCCACCUCUGUUGUUGCGGUACCCAAGGUUGGCAAAAAGGUGGCCAGUAUGAUUAACUUUUUGGUCGAUAAAUUUGGUAUGAAUUUGGAUGAAACCGAAGUGAUCGGUCACAGUUUAGGUGCUCAUGUAGCCGGUUAUGCUGGUAAGAACACUAAAAAUGGAAUGCUUCACGCCAUAGUCGGUUUGGACCCCGCCCUGCCAUUCUUCAGUUAUUCUAAGCCCAACAAACGUUUGAAUGCCAACGAUGCCAAUUAUGUUGAGUCCAUUCAGACCAAUGGCGGUCAACUGGGUUUCCUAAAACCUAUUGGUAAGGGCGCCUUCUACCCGAAUGGUGGUAAGACUCAACCUGGCUGUCUUUUGGAUUUAACUGGUGCUUGCAGUCAUGCGCGCUCCACCGCCUACUACGCGGAGGCUGUGGCUCGUGAUGACUUCCCCAGCAUGAGUUGUGGUGACUAUAAGGAAGCAGUGAAGGAUGCAUGUGGCAGCUCUUACAGUGGUGUAAAAAUGGGUGCAGUGACAAAUGCUUACAUGGUGAAUGGUGAUUAUUAUGUACCCGUACAUAGCUCCUCACCUUUUGGCUACGGUUAUGCUUAAAAUCUUUAGUGAUAAUAAUGUAUUUAUGAAAGCAUUGUUUUAUAAGAACAAAAGGAUAUUAGUUAAUUUUUUAUUUAAAAACUAUUUUAUUUAUUUUAAUAUUUUGUGUGUACGUGCUCUUUACUUAUACAAAUAACUUUGUCUAAGUGCUGGUAAACUUCACAAACAAUACUGGAGUUUUGUAUUAGUGGUUUGAGUUGAUUUUAACCCAAAGAUCAGUCGCAAUGGGUGAUAAGGAACUUACUUAGGUAUUAAGAGUAGUUACAUGUUUUCAUGUCCCUGUAAUAAGUAGUGAAUUUCUAAACUCUGUUUUAUCAAAACCUCAGUUAAUACGUUAAUAAGUUAUUUGGUAAAGCGUAUUUUUUUGAGGCUGUUUCGCAAUAAGUGCUUGCGAGGUUGAGUACCGGCAUAAACAAGAGAACUCUAGGUUGAAAAUUUCGAUUUUAUUUUAAAUAUAUAUUUCGUUCGAAAUGCCGAUAACCGGAAAA